GCGUUUUGAGGGGUUUGGUGAGCCAUCGGGAGGAUUCGUGGGCUUCCAAGUUUCUCCAUCCCACCCGUCGAGCACCUGCUCUGCACUCCACCGCCUCAGUCGCUUUCCCCAGCCAGCCAUGGGGCUUAGGGUUUUGCUCCUUCUUCUCGUCGUGCUUCUCGUAGCGUCUCCAAUCCUCGAAGUUGUUAAAUGUCAGUUGGAUACUAGUGAUGAAGCAACUGAAGUUGUUGAAGGAGGUGAUCUUGGCAUAGUUGGUGAUGAGUUGCAAGACUUUGGUGAUGCAUCAUUCAGUCCAGCCCCUGGAGUAGACACUAUUUGUGUUUUUCCAAAAAAUGCUGCACGGUCUUCUGUGAAUGCAGUGGUUCCUGCAGGGGAAGAAACUGAAUUAUUGGUUGGAGUUCAUAAUGAAGGUGAAUCAACUUUAAAGGUCAUGGCAAUAAGGGCUAGCCUUCAUCUUCCUUUUGAUCAUCACAUGUUUGUCCAAAAUCUAACUGUGCAGGAGUUCUACAAUGCAUCAGUACCAGUUUCUGCUCAAGCUACAUUCCCUUAUAUUUUUGCUGUUAGCAAAUUUUUGCAGCCUGGCCCAUUUGAUUUAGUAGGUACCAUUGUUUAUGAGAUCGAUCAGCAACCACACCAAAGUGUCUUCUAUAAUGGUACCAUUGAAGUUGUUGAGUCAGGGGGUUUUCUCAGCAUUGAGUCUGUUUUUCUUGUAACAUUGGGAGCUGCUCUCGUAGGCUUUUUUGGUAUAUGGGCGUAUGGUCAAAUUCAGCACUUUUCAAAG